UCUUAUUUGUAAGCUAGCUGUGAUAAGCUAGCGUCUGCAGGAUAGAUAUCGGACUCAGAUAUUUAAAAAGUCUAUUCUUUUUAAGCAGGCAGUAGGACUUCUGCCUAAGCAACACGUUAAAGUGUUUUAUUAUCAAAAGUUGAAAAUAAUGACGGUAAUAAUACCUUUGUUACAGCCUGCGGCCUACACAUGAGAGAUGUAGCCGCAGCCUUCCCAUGCUACUUUAACUGUAGUGCUAAUUGGUUACUGACUAGAAGUAUAGAACAUUAGCCAUUGCUGCUCAAUGCCUGCCUUCAUUUUCUUGUAGGCAUACUGUAGCUUAGGACCAAUAAAAACUUAAUAAAGCUAACAUACAAACGUGUAUUAAGCUAAUAAAUGUUGAUGUCCUGGUUUUGCUGUUUUUCUUUGUAAAUUUCCUUAUUACAGAAACCAACAUGCCUUAUCACCCUUGUUUGUUCUUUGUUAAGGUUGAGGUUGGAAGAAAGAAAAAGGCUGAAGACGUUUCAGAUGUGAAGUUGUUAAUGUUUGAAGCUGAUGGUGUUGAUGCAUGCUAAUAUAUGGGAUGCUGAAAAGAAGCGGUCAAGAUCUGUCCCCACUACUAGUGUUGUAUUGGCAGAUGGUAAAUGGGGGAAGAGGAGGAAAAAAGAAGUCAUAAUGUCAAAAAGAAGAAAGAAGAAAUGAAGGGUUGUAUUGAAGUAAUGAAGUUAAAGAAGUAAUGAAGUUAUGAUCAGAAGUUUACCAGGGAUCUGGUCUGUCCAGGACUCAAGGCAUGGCUCGAGGAGUGCAUCCCCUCGAGGCUCUGCCAAAUCCACCAGCCGUUCACCAGCACGCUCCAAAGGCUCUCAGCGUUCCAGGUCCAGAUCCCGUUCUCGAUCCAGAUCCAGGUCAAGGUCCCGUUCUCAUCGGAGCUCACGGAGGCACUACUCCCGCUCUCGUUCCCGCUCCCAUCGGCGCCGGUCCAGAAGCCGAUCUCGAAGCUGGGAGUACAGGCGACGCAGGAGCCAUAGCCGCUCCCCCAUGUCAAACCGUCGCAGGCACAUUGGCAACAGGGCCAACCCAGACCCCAAUAACUGUCUUGGUGUAUUUGGAUUGAGCUUGUACACAACUGAGAGGGACCUCAGGGAGGUUUUCUCUAAAUACGGCCCUUUAAGUGAUGUCAACAUUGUGUAUGACCAGCAGUCGCGACGCUCACGAGGUUUUGCCUUUGUCUACUUUGAAAACUCUGAGGACUCCAAGGAGGCCAAGGAGCGUGCUAAUGGGAUGGAACUUGAUGGCCGCAGGAUCAGAGUGGAUUUCUCAAUCACAAAACGUGCUCAUACUCCCACUCCCGGAAUCUACAUGGGACGUCCAACCUAUGGUGGAGGUGGUGGCGGCGGCGGCGGUAGUGGUGGUGGUUCAUAUCGUCGGUCCUCGAGGGACUACGACAGGGGCUACGAAAGAGGCUAUGACCGAGGCUACGAUCGUGACUAUGACCGCUAUGAAGAAAGAGAUUACCGGUCCUACAGGCGCAGAUCUCCAUCUCCUUACUACAGCAGAGGUUACCGUUCAAGAUCCCGCUCGAGGUCCUACUCGCCACGUCACUACUGAGAAGUGAAAGAAGACUCAAAAAGUUCAGUGUUAUGGUUUCUAUGCUCGCCUUUCUUUGUUUUAAAUUUCCAAGAUGUGUAUUUGAGAAAUAUUUAAAUGUUUAUGAAAAAGCGGUUUGAAAUUAAGUCUAUGGGGGCACCACAUUGCCAGAGGUAAAUUCAAACAAUUUUGCAGUACAACUCAUAAAACAUUUAUGUUUUAAUUGGCACUCACCCCAACCUUUUAAAGUUUGAAUCUGAAGGGCUGGCUUGUCUCUUGGAUUGACUCGACAGAUUUGGUUUUAAAUGAGCAGAGUUAUCUGUAGCUGUUGAAUUAAAAUUUUGCAUACUCUGUAAUUUAAUUUGUGGUUAGCAAUGUUUGUUUCUCUAUUUUAUUAUUUUUUCAGAUGGGAUGUUCUUUUCUUGUAUGUAAAUCAGUCAUUAAGAUUUACUUGGGUAAGAUACUGUUAUGCUAGGUCGUGUUCCAUUUACAUCACAGUUUCCAGUAUACUUUGGAUUGUAUUUUUUCUGUUGUUUUUGUUGCUGUUUCUCUUUUGCCAUGGAAGAAAUAAAGAGAUUACUGCUUGGA